ACCACCAACAGGCAACAACCACCUUUUCUCUCUCUUUCUCUCUCUAUAAUAAUUGGAAGAUGAAGAAAGAGGGAGAAGAGGAUGAUAGGGACUUGAGUAAACUGAUUCUGGCUGACACUGCCUCUGCAAUUCCACCAUUAUCGCAACAGCCACCUCCCAUGGCUGAAGGGAUAGCGGACUUCACCUCCACCUCCAGAAAACGAACCAGAACUGAAGCUGGCCAGGAAACAGAGAGAGGGAGGAGGGAGAAGAUGAGCGACAUGUACGCGCUUCUCCAAACCAUGGUUCCCACUCUCUUCCCUAAGGCUACGAGGGUGAAGAUCAUUUCUGAAACAGCCGAGUACAUUAAAGAGCUUGAAAGGAGGAGAGAUAGGUUGGAGGAGAUGAAGAAGUCCAUAGGAGCAGUGGCUGCCACACCCAUAUUGGUUUCUCAGUGCAGCAACCCAGAUUCUUCCCUGCGAGUCACUGUCUCCGGCAACGUCGCCUUCUUCGGGAUACAGUCGGUGCGAGCUCGACGGGGACUGGCCACUCAGGUAAUCAUGGUGUUCGAGAAACACGAGGCCCAGGUCUUCGCGGCAAAUGUAGCAGUAAACCAUGGCUUGUUGAUGGUAACUGUCACGGCAUUUGUGGGCAAUAAUGGAGAUGGCGUUAUUGACAAGAUCAUCAGAGACAUUCGGAAUUUGUAGUUUUUUUUUCUUCUCCUCAUCACAUAGUGUUACUGUAUAGUGACUUGGAUCUUUGAUUUUCUUGUCUAUGCUAAGUGUUGACACAAAAGAAGACCGACAUGAUUAUACAAACGCAUGGAUAUCAAGUCAGGUUUUUCUUCC